AAGCUUGGCAUUGAGGGAAGAAAAGUUGGACUGAGACCGUGAUGGCGGACAGUGACGUCUCGGUGAUGGUGCGGAUCGCGGAUUGUGGCGAGCAUUGUCAGGCUGCUCAAUAAGCUGGCCGCCGCGGGUGGUGCAGUCGGCAUUCGGCCAUCGACGCUCAAGCCCCCGGACAGAACCGUCGGCUGCAUCAAUGUUCUAAUACUCAGAGGCCAUGUUCUCGGCGUGCAAUCGUCCCUUGGACACGGGCGAGUCGCUCAACCUGCUGCAAAAGUCGCCCGUCGUCAGCCGCGAGACGCGCAGGCAUCUAGUGAUGCCCAGCUUCCGAUCGUUGGUCUCGUCGACGCCCUCGGCCGCUCCAGCCGCAGCCCCGCAGCCUUUGAAAGCGGCCAAAAUCGCCAUGGGCUCUGCGGCCAGCAGCAGCGGCCACGCAGAGGCCGCCCCGGCGCCCAGUUCCGGCGACGAGUCGCCACCAGCGGGUCCCACCAGUAGACUGAUCGCCCCCCGGCCCGUCCUCAUCCCCUCGCUAUCCUCGCCCAAGCGUCCAAUGAAGAGAGACUCGUCCUGCGGGAGUCUGCUGCUUGGACUGCGGCCCUCACUCAACACUGGCAGGUCCAGUUUGUCGAUGAGGAAGUGCGAGACGGUCAUGGCAUUGUCCUCAUUGGAGCCAAUCAAACCUGUCAACAGGCUUCGCAUGUCUUCAUCUCGAAAUCUGCAGUGCUCUCGUUGCUCGAGCAUGGCUUCAAUGACCUUCAGUUCACGCUACUCAAUCAACACCGUGAUUGAGUCGCCGUCAAACUCGCUGCAGAUGCUCCUUUGCAAAAUCUGCCUGACGGAAGUGCCUGUUGCGCAGACAACCACCUUGCAGCAGUGUCAGUGCGUCUUUUGCACAGAGUGUUUGAAACAGUAUGUCGGAUUGGAGGUCCAAGAGGCAGCCUAUGACAUUGCCUGUCCAGACGCAGCCUGCGACAAGCAGGGCAUUCUUACUUUGCAAGAAAUUGAAACCCUAGUUAGCACAGAUCUCAUGGAAAAGCACCGAAAGUUCAGAUUAGACAAAGAAGUUGACAUGGACUCAGGGCGCACAUGGUGCCCCCGUGCUGGCUGUGAAACCAUCUGCACCGUCUGCCCUGGUUGCCAACCGCAAUGCAUUAGUUGUCCAGCUUGCAGUGACACUUUUUGCUCCAACUGCAAGAAGCCGUGGCACCAAGAGUCUGGAUGCAGUAUUGAAAAAAGUGAAGGUUCUCUGAUAUUUGACCCUGAACGAAUCAAGCACUGUCCCAUGUGCAAAGUGCCGAUUGAGAAAGACGAAGGCUGCGCUCAGAUGAUGUGCAAAAGAUGCAAGCACGUCUUCUGUUGGUACUGCCUGGCUUCGCUUGAUGACGAUUUCCUCUUGCGCCACUAUGACAAAGGCCCUUGCAAAAACAAACUGGGCCACUCUAGAGCUUCAGUCAUUUGGCACAGAACGCAAGUGAUCGCCAUAUUUGCAGGCUUCGGCAUCCUUCUACUGGUGGCGUCACCACUGCUGCUGCUGGCCGCACCCUGCAUCGUUUGCUGCAAGUGCCGCGCCUGUCAAGACAAGUACGAUGAGGAGAAUGGUGAAAAUGCAACCAGCUCCGAACAGCAGCACAACUCGCCAACUUGAUUCGAUCGAAAGCGUUUUUACCGCGAUUUUGAGUAUUCUUGGCACUGGAAAUUCAGUUUGACGCAUCUGUUGAGCAGAGUACGAGACACGGGGAAGACCAUAUUUUUUUAUUCGGUGGUGUUUAAUCAAAAUUAUGUGAUUGCUUACUGACGUCUUGAGUGAUCAAAUGACGAGACAGGUUAUGGUUGUACAAUUAUUGAUAAACUAUGGAUCAUUUGAAACGUGGAUCUAUUGCCAGGAUAUAUCAAAUUAUCCUUUUAUUUUUUAAUUGAGUGCAAUGGAUUGACUUUAAAAAAAAAAAAUUGAUUUUGUGAAAUUUAAAGGCUCUUGUUGGGUUAUAAAGAGCUCAAAUCCAUUUGGAUUCAUGCUUCAAACGAUCCCAGACAUAUAUCUUUUUCCGCUCAGUCUAGCUAAUUUUAAGCUCAAAAUUUCUAUUUUUAGUACGUACUUACAAUUGAAAUCUAACACUAUGACAUUGGACUCUUCAAUUAAUUCCAAAGGCAAUAAGAGUUUGUUUCUCACUUCUUUGCCAAAGGGAAAUUUUUGCCGUGACAAUUGGUGCAUACAAUUCUUGCCACUUGGACUAUUUCCGCCCAAUUCUCGAUUUUAAAAUUAGUGGAAACAACUUUCAUGCUAUUCUGUACUUAAAUGUGAUGUUGUAUUUUACGUUUCUUUUAUCAUACGAGAAAAAAGUUUCAUCUCGCAACUUGCAUGUUCAGCAACAAUACUUUCCAUUAGCUGAUAAAAAGAAAUGAGCGAAAAGUGAAAUAUUUUGCUAAUUUUUAGUUUUUAAGAACAAAGAAUGUAACCACACACACAUUUAUUUUAAUACGUCAAGCGUGAUAUUUUCAUUUUAAAGGAGGACAUAAAAAGAAAAUUGUACUUAUGUAAUAUUAUGCAAGAAAAAAAAUCUGUCAACAUUGUUCCUACCAUGAUCUUGUUUAGUGUGAGAGCAUCUUCCAAUGCGAUAAGAUUUGCAAAUUAUUUUUGGCAUAAGUGUAUGAACAGUUCGAUGGAAUUUCUUCUGACAUGCAAAAUAUUAAAAUACCACUACGACACUACCACGCGUAUUAUAUUUAUAUUUUCAUGUUUCCAUAAAUGAAAAAAAAAUUGUUUGCUUCCAAUCUCCAAACUAUUAUAAUUUUUUCUGCAAAAAAAAAAAUAUGAAUAAAAGCAUUAAAUUUUUUAAAAUGA